AUGUCGACAGAGAUGACGACCAUCAUGGUGGGGGUAGUGGUGAUGAUGGUGAUGACGUCACAACGGUACAUGAUUACCAGCCUGGACCGCACCCAUGCUGGCUUCUACCGCUGCAUCGUGCGGAACCGGAUGGGGGCCCUGCUACAGCGGCAGACUGAGGUCCAGGUGGCCUACAUGGGGAGCUUUGAGGAAGGUGAGAAGCACCAGAGUGUGUCCCACGGAGAAGCUGCUGUCAUCAGAGCACCUCGCAUUUCCAGCUUUCCCCGGCCACAGGUGACCUGGUUCCGUGACGGACGCAAGAUCCCACCCAGCAGCCGCAUAGCCAUCACGCUGGAGAACACCCUGGUCAUCCUGUCGACGGUGGCUCCCGAUGCUGGCCGCUACUACGUGCAGGCAGUUAAUGACAAGAACGGAGACAACAAGACCAGCCAGCCCAUCACUCUUGCCGUGGAGA